CCACACUUCACAACGGAAGUUACUACACUACGUGUAUGUGACUGUAAGUUACAUGGCAUUGCAGCGAAUCGCUAUCCUUCCAGCAGUUCCUGAGGCUCAUAGCGGCUUUGUGCCGCUGAUUGGCGUUUGCGUCAUUUGGGGCCUCGAGGCAUUUGAAAUUGUUGCUCCGCUCGCGCCCAAUGAUGGCCACGAGAACGGGAAUUUCCACGACUGCCGAGCCUAUGCAACCCUCAGACCCAGAGCACGCUCCGGCCCAACGACGAGCCAUUUGGCUAAUUCAUUUCCAGAACUUUUCCUCGCAAUCACGCGAUUGAGAGUUUCGAACAGAUUGAGCAGCGCCGGGGUAUUUCCUCUAGUCGCAUCUCCAUAGGGCUGGCCUUGUUUCCGAAUAUCAGACGACCUUGAGGACGCCAUCAUGAUUGGUCCUAGCCGCUUGACUUCGCUUCAGAGCGGCGGUAAAGCAGAUUUCCAUCGACCUAUAGCCCGCUGGGAGGCCGAUGGCAUUGUAUCAAGCCGGACAUAAGCGGUUUGGAUCGAAUAUACAAGAUCAGUGUCAUUGGCCUAAGAAAUCAGGACUUUACACUUUCACACAAACUCACUGUUAUGAGCCAACAAGUCACAUAUUCUAUUGCCUACCUGCUGCCAGUGUUCGCUUUAACACCUCCACGGCCAGAGAUAAUUGCAGGGGUUCCCGCAGUCG